AUGGCGGCGCUCAGGGCUCACCGGAAGUAGUACCGCGGAAAUGAGGCGGUGCUUCUGCCCGGAAGCGAGCGCGGCUCUGGGAAAGAUGGCGGCGGUGGGCAACGCGGUGUCCUGCGGGACCCGGUCUGAUGGGACCCGGCCCGGAGAGCAGCCUAAAUCUGGGCUGCAGCCGCGUGGGCUCCUUGCCGCCGGGCCGGCGCUCAUAGCAAACGGCGACGAGCUAGUCGCCGCCGUGUGGCCGUACCGGCGGCUGCCGCUGCUGCGGCGCCUCACCGUGCUGCCGUUCGCGGGGCUGCUGUACCCAGCCUGGCUGGGCGCCGCGGCCGCCGGCUGCUGGGGUUGGGGCAGCAGCUGGACUCAGAUCCCCGAGGCCGCGCUGCUGGUGCUCGCCACUAUCUGCCUCGCGCACGCGCUCACCGUUCUCUCGGGGCAUUGGUCCGUGCACGCGCACUGCGCGCUCACCUGCACCCCGGAGUACAACCCCAGCAAAGCGACCUUCGUGAAGGUUGUGCCUACCCCCAACAACGGCUCCACCGAGCUCGUGGCCUUGCACCGCGACGAGGGUGAAGACGGGCUCGAGGUUCUAUCCUUCGAGUUCCAGAAGAUCAAGUAUUCCUAUGAUGCCCUUGAGAAAAAGCAGUUCCUCCCCGUGGCCUUUCCCGUGGGAAACACCUUCUCCUACUAUCAGAGCAACAGAGGGUUCCAGGAAGAGGCGGAGAUCCGAGCAGCAGAGAAGAAAUUUGGGAGCAACAAGGCAGAGAUGGUGGUGCCUGACUUCUCUGAACUAUUCAAGGAGAGAGCCACGGCGCCCUUCUUCGUGUUUCAGGUGUUCUGUGUGGGGCUCUGGUGUCUGGACGAGUACUGGUACUACAGCGUCUUCACCCUGUCCAUGCUCGUGGCCUUUGAGGCGUCCCUGGUGCAGCAGCAGAUGCGUAACAUGUCGGAGAUUCGCAAGAUGGGCAACAAGCCCCAUAUGAUCCAGGUCUACCGCAGCCGCAAGUGGAGGCCCAUUGCCAGCGAUGAGAUUGUUCCUGGGGACAUCGUCUCCAUCGGCCGCUCCCCCCAGGAGAACCUGGUGCCGUGCGAUGUGCUACUGCUUCGAGGCCGCUGCAUCGUGGAUGAGGCCAUGCUCACUGGGGAGUCAGUGCCGCAGAUGAAGGAGCCAAUUGAAGACCUGAGCCCAGACCGGGUGCUGGACCUCCAGGCCGACUCCCGGCUCCACGUCAUCUUCGGUGGCACCAAGGUGGUGCAGCACAUCCCACCCCAGAAGGCCACCACGGGCCUGAAGCCGGUUGACAACGGGUGUGUAGCCUACGUUCUGCGGACUGGAUUCAACACUUCUCAGGGCAGGCUGUUACGCACCAUCCUCUUUGGGGUCAAGAGGGUGACAGCAAAUAACCUGGAGACCUUUAUCUUCAUCCUCUUUCUCCUGGUCUUCGCCAUCGCAGCCGCAGCCUACGUGUGGAUUGAAGGCACCAAGGACCCCAGCCGGAACCGCUACAAACUCUUCCUGGAGUGCACCCUGAUCCUCACAUCGGUCGUGCCCCCCGAGCUGCCCAUCGAGCUGUCCCUAGCCGUCAACACCUCCCUCAUCGCCCUGGCCAAGCUCUACAUGUACUGCACGGAGCCCUUCCGCAUCCCCUUCGCGGGCAAGGUCGAGGUGUGCUGCUUUGACAAGACGGGGACCUUGACCAGUGACAGCCUGGUGGUGCGCGGCGUAGCUGGGCUGAAAGAUGGGAAGGAGGUGACUCCCGUGACUAAUAUCCCCAUCGAAACACACCGUGCCCUGGCCUCCUGCCACUCACUUGUGCAGCUUGAUGACGGCACCCUUGUGGGUGACCCCCUAGAGAAAGCCAUGCUGACAGCCGUGGACUGGACGCUGACCAAAGAUGAGAAAGUAUUCCCCCGAAGUAUUAAAACUCAGGGGCUGAAAAUUCACCAGCGCUUUCAUUUUGCCAGUGCCCUAAAGCGAAUGUCCGUGCUCGCCUCCUACGAGAAGCUGGGCUCCACAGACCUCUGCUACAUCGCAGCCGUGAAGGGGGCCCCUGAGACCCUGCACUCCAUGUUUUCCCAGUGCCCACCUGACUACCACCACAUCCACACCGAGAUCUCCAGGGAAGGAGCCCGCGUCCUGGCGCUGGGGUACAAGGAGCUGGGCCACCUCACCCAUCAGCAGGCCCGGGAGGUCAAGCGGGAAGCGCUAGAGUGCAACCUCAAGUUCGCCGGCUUCAUCGUGGUCUCCUGCCCACUCAAGGCCGAUUCCAAGGCUGUGAUCCGAGAGAUCCAGAAUGCAUCCCACCGGGUGGUCAUGAUCACAGGUGACAACCCACUCACCGCCUGCCACGUGGCUGAGGAGCUGCACUUCAUUGAAAAGGCCUACACGCUUAUCCUCCAGCCCCCCUCGGAGAAAG